CUCGUGACAGAGAAGGCCAGCAGGAAGGGCACGUACGUUCAUUUCCAGAGGCCCUUUCUCUCUGCAAUUUAGGAUCUUCCUUUUCCUACAAUUUCUGCGGGAAGGGAAAGAUCAGAACUUGGAGUUGUGGGCUGGAACUGAUCAUUUGCAAGUUUUCUUUGUGCAAAAAUGGUGAUCAUAACGCAGGACAUGAUCAAGCAGUUUCAGAAAUUGAUGCAAGACAUUGAUGAGCCUCUCAGGAUUUCCUUCAAGAACAUACAUCAAGGAUAUCCAACUGAAACUCUGGUGCGGUUUCUCAAAGCAAGAGAUGGGAAUGUUUGCAACGCCCAUAAAAUGCUGAUUGACUGCUUGAAAUGGAGGGUACAGAAUGAGAUUGACAAUAUUUUGGCGAAAACAAUAGUUCCUACUGAUUUGUACAGAGCAGUGCGUGACUCUCAGCUAGUAGGAAUGUCAGGUUACUCAAAAGAGGGUCUCCCAGUCUUUGCUAUUGGUGCCGGGCUCAGCAAUUUUGACAAAGCAUCUCUUGACUACUAUCUUCAGUCACACAUCCAAAUGAAUGAAUAUAGGGAUCGCAUAAUAUUGCCAGCUGCAACAAAGAAGUUUGGACGGCAUAUUAGUACCUGCUUGAAGGUUCUGGACAUGACUGGUCUGAAGCUUUCAGCAUUAAACCAACUUAAGGUACUGACUGCUAUAUCUACAAUUGAUGACUUGAACUACCCGGAGAAGACAGAGACAUACUACAUUGUUAAUGCACCAUGCAUAUUUUCUGCAUGCUGGAAGGUUGUGAAGCCUCUUUUGCAAGAAAGAACAAGAAAAAAGGUUCAGGUGUUGUCCGGUUGUGGGAGAGAGGAAUUGUUGAAGGUAAUGGAUUAUGCAUCUCUCCCACAUUUUUGUAAAAGAGAUGGCACUGGAGUCUCUCGGCAUUCUAGCAAUCGAACGGCAGACAAUUGUUUCUCCUUGGACCAUCCCUUCCAUCAGCAGCUGUAUAAUUACACGAAGCAGCAAGCUGCGGGGGCAUCAUUUAAACGAGAGUUCCAUGUUGAUGUGCCUGAACCAGAUCCGGUAGAUGCUCGAAUUGCCAAUACCAUUCGAACUACAUUCCAAAGCAUGGGGUCAGUACGCGACCUUAUGAUCUAUGGUGACUGAAAGCUCAGGACAAGUGAGUAUCUUCAACAGCUAUAUAGCUGCCAUCAGAGCCGAUAUGGUGUAAAAUAAGAUAGCUGGCCAGUAACUGUGGCCAGCCGGCCGGGGAAGGUUUUAGUUUAGGGAUGUAAUAGUAGCAAUGCCUUGCUGCUGCACAUUUGGUGGGACAAAAGCUAAUCAGUUUUCCCAAUUGAGACUAGAUGUAUAAUUCUGUUGUUGACCAGCAAUUCAAUGUAUGAAUCUAUCUAUAAUGUAAGGACACUGAUAAUUUGGCCGGCCGAUUGCAUCCACCAACUGCGUGCAGUAGGCUCAAUAAUCAUUAUCCAUAUGCAUGCAAUGACCAGCUCAGCUCUUUCAGCAGCAGCUGAUUUCAUUUGCUCAUUAACA